CGCGGUGGGCGCCACUUGGUGUUGGGGUGUCUUCUCGGUGGUCACCUCUGCUCCUGGAACUCGGGUUACGCGGUGGCCGUCUUCACCUGGGCCGGCCAACGGUAUAGGAUGGAAGUGUUUCAGGCUCUGCAGCGGCUGCACAUGACCAUAUUCUCCCAGAGCGUCUCACCCUGUGGGAAGUUCCUGGCUGCUGGCAACAAUUAUGGACAGAUAGCUAUCUUUAGCUUGUCUGCUGCUUUGAGCUCCGAGGCCAAAGAGGAAAGUAAGAAGCCCAUGGUGACCUUCCAUGCCCAUGAUGGGCCCGUCUACAGCAUGGUCUCCACUGAUCGACAUCUGCUGAGUGCUGGUGAUGGGGAGGUGAAGGCCUGGCUUUGGGCGGAGAUCCUUAAGAAGGGCUGUAAGGAGCUGUGGCGUCGUCAGCCCCCAUACAGGACCAGCCUGGAAGUACCUGAGAUCAAUGCUCUGCUUCUCGUGCCCAAGGAGAAUUUGCUCAUCCUGGCGGGGGGAGACUGUCAGCUGCAUGCAAUGGACCUUGAGACAGGGACCUUCAUGUGGGCCCUCCGGGGCCACACGGACUACAUCCACUGCUUGGCACUGCGGGAGCGGAGCCCUGAGGUGCUGUCGGGCGGCGAGGAUGGGGCCGUGCGGCUUUGGGACCUGCGCACAGCCAAGGAGGUCCAGACAAUCGAGGUCUAUAAGCACGAGGAGUGCUCGAGGCCCCACAAUGGGCGCUGGAUCGGAUGUUUGGCAACUGACUCGGACUGGAUGGUCUGCGGAGGAGGCCCAGCACUCACCCUCUGGCACCUCCGAUCCUCCACACCCACCACCGUCUUCCCCAUGCGGGCGCCACAGAAGCACGUCACCUUCUACCAGGACCUGAUUCUAUCAGCUGGACAGGGCCGCUGUGUCAACCAGUGGCAGCUGAGUGGGGAGCUCAAGGCCCAAGUGCCUGGCUCCUCCCCGGGACUGCUAAGCCUCAGCCUCAACCAGCAACCAGCAGCCCCUGAGUGCAAGGUCCUGACGGCAGCGGGCAACAGCUGCAGGGUGGAUGUCUUCACUAAUCUGGGCUACCGAGCUUUCUCUCUGUCCUUCUGACCUCCAACAGUGUCUCCACCUCCAUCUGAGGAGUUCACAGUGUUUUCUUCUUUUUUUAUACAAAUAAAAUUAGUGUUUUGUUUUUUUU